AGGUUGUCAGUCAGGGGUCAGAGUCUACGUGGUGAGGUUUGGAACCACUAACCCGGUUGUACGCUUAUCACCAUGGUUGAGACCCGUACUGGGUUAGAGACUAGCCCCUAUAGCAAGGAGCAGCAAGAGAAGAUGGCCGCCUUAGUGAAAGAAAACAGGGAGAGAAAAGAGCGUGAAAAGCAGGCGAAGUUAAAGGCGAUUGCGGAGGAACAGGCGGCGAAGAUGAAAGAGAUAGAGGAGGAGAUGGAGAGGAAGAAGAAGGCUGCUAAAGAAGAAGCAGCAGAAGAAGAAGAGAAAGAGAGGAUGAGAAUUGAGAGUAGGGAAGGGAGUAGUGGCACGAAGAAGGAUAAAGAUGCAGAGAUGGAGAAGAAAAUAAGUGAGUGGGUUGCUAACUUAUCGUUGGGUGAAGAUGAGGAGGCACAGAUGUAUGUGCCACAGGAGGAGGAGGCGUUUGCCAAGGCCCUCACAGUGAUUGAGGACCCCCUCGAACGUCAGGAAGCCGAGGAGGAGAAGAGUCUGGAGUGGAAACUGAGGAUGAAGAGGGAGCAGAAGAGGAGAAGGGAGGAAGUCAACCGAUUGAUCGCAGAAGUGGAAAAGGUGCGGACAUGUAGGCAGGAAGUCCAGGCACAGGCAAAUGUUUCUUCCAAGAUGGAUAAGAUGUUGGGAUACUUAGAGGUGUUGAGUGAGGCCUGGUUAGAGGAACGACAAGCCAAUCAGGGCCAGGAUAUUACCCUGAAGGCCAUGCGGUCAGGUUUUAGAGAGUUUGCGCGCGAGAUCGUCACCCACAUUGGGGGCGAAGUGAAGCAGUUGAGAGAUAACGUCGGCAAGUUUUGUGAGGGCGCCAUCGAGGGUGCCAAAGCCAUAGCCGAAGUAGAGGGUGAGGCCAAACCUCGCAAGGACCCAGUAAAACUCAAGUUCCCAGACGCUUAUGGAGGGAAGAAGGAGGAGAACUUUGACAACUGGGAAGCUACUGUCAACAAUUAUAUUUACCUACAGCACAUCUUGAUAGAUGAGCAAGUCCUUGUGGCCUUCCAGGCCCUGAAGGACGAAGCGGCUAGUUUCCCUAGAUCCCUUGCGCGUGCGGCCGGUUGCGAAAACAACCUGGUCGCCUACUCCAAAGUCACCCCCCUCUCUCAGUUCCUUAAGCUCCUGAAGGAGCGGUUUGCUGACCCAACGCGAGGCGUCAGAGCCUCAGACAAAUUACAGACGAUCCACUCACGACAGUGGAGGAGUGCAAGGGCACUCAAGGGUACCAUGGACGACUUGGUAGCCGUCCCGGACCAUGGGGUCACUGAAACCCAGUUGGUCCAGUUGUUUUAUCGUGCCAUGCCAAAGGCCCUACGUGGUCAUUUCUUUGACAAGUCUCAACAGGCCGGGAUCACAUACGAUGUGUUGAGUGGGGAGGUGGUCCUGUAUGAGUCAAAGUCUAUGCCAGUCACCACUUUCUGGCAUAAGGACCUAGAGAAGGGGAAGAAGUGGAAGGAUCGUACGAUCUCAGGCCAAGUCAAGGCCAAGGAUCGCUUGAUCCUAACACUAGAGGAAGGUGGUACAAACGAGAUCCCAUAUGAACAGAUUGAGUGGGGCCUAGGGGAGGAGGACAGUAGUGUAGGGCAAGGGAGGUCUUAUGCUGCUGUCGCGGCUGGAGGGAAGCCGCAAGGUGUAGACAACACCUUGGCACAUUGCUGUCUCAGUGUUCCUGCGUUUGCGUGGUUUGUGAAAAAGGAGCAAUUAGAGGACCAAGUCUUUGUAGUGUAUGUUAGACCUGUCACUGAGGGCAAGGAAGAGAUAAGUUUCACGGAUCCAACCAUAUCCAAGUUGCUGGAAGAGUUCAAAGACUUGACCGAGUCGCCGACAGGAGUAGUGUCGCGACCCAUCCAGCACAGGAUAGAGAUAGAACCUGGCAGUAAAACUCCUAAGGGAGCAAUUUACAGGAUGUCCCCUAGGGAGUUAGAGGAGCUGCGUAAGCAGUUAGACGAGCUCUUCGAGAAAGGUUGGGUCCGACCCAGUUCAUCUCCUUUGGGAGCACCUGUUUUGUUUGUCCCCAAGAAGGAAGGAGAGCUUAGAAUGUGUAUAGACUAUAGGGGUUUGAAUGCGAUUACUGUAAAGAACGUUGAGCCGCUGCCCAAGAUAGACGAUCUUCUAGAUCGGGUGCAGGGUUGUAAGUAUUUCACUAAGAUUGAUUUGAAGUCCGGUUAUCAUCAGAUAGAAGUCCAUCCUGAUGAUCAGUACAAGACUGCCUUUCGGACUAGAUACGGGCAUUAUGAGUUCAUAGUGAUGCCCUUUGGACUAACCAACGCGCCAGCUACAUUUCAGCGUUCCAUGAAUGAUUUGUUUAGACCCUGGUUGGAUAGGUUUGUCGUAGUCUAUUUAGAUGACAUCCGAAUUUUUAGUAAGACCCUCCAGGAGCAUCAGGGUCAUCUGAGGCAGGUCUUGGAGAAGCUACGAGAAGCUAACUUCAAGAUCAACGUGAAGAAGUGCGAGUGGGCCAAGACACAAGUCUUGUACUUGGGCCACGUAUUAGACGGAGAGGGCAUUAAGCCAGAGGACAGUAAGAUAGCGGUGAUUAAAGAUUGGCUGACGCCCCGCACAUUGACAAAGUUGCGGUCGUUCCUAGGCCUAGCUAACUACUUCAAGAAGUUCGUAAGGAACUUCUCCACUAUCGCCGCUCCCUUGCGCAGAUUACUGAAGAAAGAGGCAAUCUAGCAAUGGGACAAAGACUGUACGUUUGCGCUCAAGAAGUUAAAGCGCGCGUUAAUAGAGUAUCCUGUCCUCAAAGUUGCAGAUCCGUCUUUGCCAUUUGUCGUCACCACGGACGCGAGUAAGUAUGGGGUAGGCGCCGUGUUAUAGCAAGACGACGACAAUGGCUAUAGACCCGUAGAGUUCAUGUCAGCGAGGAUGCCAUGUGAGAAGGUCGCUACCUCHACGUACGAGAGAGAACUCUACGCUCUCGGGCACGCUUUAGACCAUUGGAAACACUACCUGCUUGGGAGGCACUUCAAAGUGUAUUCUGACCAUUAAACGCUUAGAUGGUUAAAGACUCGGGCCAAGAUGACACCUAAGUUGACUAGGUGGGCCGCAGAGAUAGACCAAUUCGACUUUGAGCUCAAGCCAGUUGCGGAUGCUCUGAGUAGGAGAUCAGACUACUUUGGAGCCGUAGUACACUAUCUGGAUAUAGGGAGAGACCUGCAGGAGAAAAUGAAGCAAGCAUAUGCGC